AGAGACCUGGAACUGCGGACAAAACACACGCCACUGCAGUUUUCUGAAAGACUUGAGAUAUAGGCUGACAAUCCAGUUCCUGUAAAAGUUCUGUUCUUGAAAUGGCUUGAAUCGUUGUGAAGUCACUGGUAGACACGACGUAGCUGUAGAAACUAGUGAAAGCGGUGGGAUGGUGCUGUAGAGAUGCCGGAGUACAAAGUCCUAGGCUCUACCAGGUCCAAAUCGCUUAAAAUUCCUCUGUGAUCUACACAGAGGAUCAACAGGGAGUCUCACCGGAAACACUUCCAAGGAAAGUACACAGGAGUCAUCAGUUAGUACCGUGGGAUUAUCCGAAGAAGCCAUGAACAGUAAAGUCCGCGUGGACGAGACGGAGUAUUUCGGAGUGGAAGAAGCGCCAUUUGAGCACAAGGAAGUCCGCAUCCGGAAGGACAGAUGGGUGACGGCAGAGUUCAGGGUGUCCGAUGAGCUUCUGGGCAAGGGUAAGUUUGGAGAGGUGAAGCAGUGCCGUGAGUUGCGCAGUGGUCGAGUACUGGCGGCCAAGUUUAUAGACCUGGAUGGUAUGAUGGACCGCAAAGAGAUUGUCAACGAGGUGAACAUAAUGAAGAAACUCCAACAUCCCAGACUGCUUCAGCUUUACGCGGCCUUUGAGAACAGCAAACAAAUAUGUCUGGUUACCGAAUUAAUCACGGGUGGGGAGUUAUUUGAGCGUGUGAUUAAUGAUGACUUCAUUCUGACGGAGAAGGCGUGUAUAGCGUUCAUGAGACAGAUCUGUGAGGGAGUCGACUUUAUGCACAAACAGAGUGUGGUUCACUUAGACCUCAAGCCGGAGAACAUUUUGUGCUUAUCUAGAGAAGGGAACAGGAUCAAAAUCAUCGACUUUGGCUUAGCACGGGAGUAUGUGCCAAAGGAGGACCUCAGGGUCAUGUUUGGCACCCCAGAAUUCACAGCACCGGAAGUGGUUAACUUUGAUAAUAUCACCUUGGCAACAGACUUGUGGAGCGUUGGUGUUAUAUGUUAUGUUUUACUUUCAGGUUUCUCGCCGUUCGUGGGGAAGACGGAUGCUCAGACGUUAUGCAAUGUUACCAUGGCGAAGUGGGACUUCAACAUCGAAGAGUUUGAUGACAUUUCAAAAGAUGCUAAGGCUUUCAUAUCAGCACUGCUGGUUAAAGAACCAAAAAAACGAAUGACGGCUCAGCAAUGUUUAGAGCACACGUGGUUAAGGAGGUCAGUCAAGCGUAGCUACAGACCACCAGAAAGAAGCUUAUCCAAGAAGAAACUCAAACGAUUUGUUUUCCGGCGAAAAUGGCAGAAGGCUGUCAAUGCUAUGUUGGCGUUGAAAAGAUUGGGUGUCAAGUUGUGAACACAAAGGCCGUAUUGUUACCGGACAUUUCCAAAGAUUGGACAUGGGAUAAUGAGCAUGUCUAAAAACCGUUACCACAGCAACGCCCUGGAUGCCAUAUUACUUUAGGUGGUUCGUUGUUACCAGGCAGACUGAUGGUGAUUUUCAACACCUAUGAUGGAUGGGCGGACAUAUGGUCGUGAUUGACUGUCCCUUAUUAGCCAGCCCCAUUUAUAAAUAUUCCCCAUACCUUCACGUGACUUCUAACCGGAAGACUCCUUGGACCACUAUAUGAUGAUGUAAAGAGAAAGGUCACGGCCGGAGAUUCGUAAAGGCUAGAGCUAUGUUUUGGCUGGGGAUAAAUAUUAGCACAAAACUUUGGAGUCCUAAACAGUUAUCAGAACCUUUAGGCGAUAACAAAUUUCUAGAAACACCAGAAAUAUGCAUUUAGAAACAUUGACCCUAUUGAAUGAACAACUUCGAUCAUAAUAUUAGUACCAAAGUAUGGGUUAGAUUUUCAAGACGAAUUCCCAACUCAACAGGUUCGUUUAGCCUUUCCACAUUUGUCUGUGAAAUCGUGUGUUUGUUUGCUAUGUAGGGCCUACACUGUAAUCAUCGGUGAUCGAGUUGUCCACAUUUCCAGUAAAGCCAUGUCAAGCCAUGUCAAGCGCGAAAAGGAUGAAAGGACGCUUAAACAAUCAAGCACUUUUUUUUUCAUCGUUGUGUCUUUGUACUUAAAAGCAGUUAUUAUAUAGUUACUUUUACCUAGAUCUAUAUCAACAAGAUAUGUAUUAUAUCUACAAAAUACGGAUUUAUUGUAUGUACACAAGGAUCUACCUGUAGCUUAGUCUGCCUGUAGCUUAGUUUCCCUGUAGCUUAGUCUACUGGAAGCCAGUUCUGCUAAGAGGGUGCCUGUAGCUUAGUCUGCCUGUAGCUUAGUCUACCUGAAGCUUAGUCUACUGGAAGCCAGUUCUGCGAAGAGGGUGUAGCUUGCGUCUGACGUAACAGCAGAGAAUAGCUGCCAUGGUAGCUAGGUUUGACGUUCAGUCAGCCUCCAUCCUCUUUGUAAAUCUGUCACCACUAGACCUAAAGUCUAAUCUACUCGUGAGUGACCGAAUGUAUGGAGAAUGCCAAAGCUGGAAUGAAUACUUCCUCAUACUUAAAAAUCGUACUACUCUUUACCUUUACUAUUCAUAUCUAAGUCAUGCAUAAAAUAUUACAUUGAUGACCUGUUUUCUAAUAUGUUCUAUAUUUUUUUCACUUAUAUGUUUAUACAAAAUGUCUGAAUGUAUUGACAUGUGAAUUUGCAUUUCCAUUCUUUUAUGUGCUAAAGUAUUCCUAUAGAGUAGAAGAAGCGACAAACAUAAAAUGAAAAGGUUUAAACCUAUAACGAUUGAUGUCUGGUGUAACACGUUUCCCUAUAGGUUAAGUACAAACUAUUCACCUUAGGUACAACCAGACUUCCCCGAAUGAACCAGAGUGAUCUUAACUGUGUCAUGGAUUGUUUAUUCUCUUAAAUAUUCCUAUUAAUAGUUUUGAAUGAAUAAUAUGAAAUUGUCAAUUUUAUAUAAAUUCUCUUCUUUUGUUGCUGUUAUUGUUCUUUCUGAAUUCAUAUUUCUCAAAUGGGACAGCAGUUGACUUGUCUAUCACAAACCAUAACUUACAGGAAGCUGUAAGUGGGAUAUUGUAACACGAUUUGGACAGGUUACUUCAGUCAUCCUCUGUUUCCUAUACUGCAAAUUCCUUUAUUGGGUAUUAAAUUUAAUGAAAGGAAAGUGCCCUGUGUAUUGUACAUUGCUGAGUAACUGUUAAUCUCCUAGUGUCGAACCAUGAGCUAGCAGUAUGUGUCCCAAGCCAAAAUUGUGUACCUGGCCAAGCUCAGGUGGACAGCGAAACAUU